AUGGCUACACGACUACCAGCCUGUGUGAUUGACAAUGGCAGCGGAUACACAAAGUUGGGAUAUGCAGGUAACACUGAACCUCAAAUGAUAAUGCCAUCUACGAUCGCUGUCAAAGAUCCUCGACACCAGUUUGGAAGCAAGAUCGGGGAUCUGGACUUUUACAUUGGGGACGAGGCAUUGUCCCCGAAUGCUGCUAAUUACUCUGUAAAGGUAUGCUUUUAUUUUGUUUAUUUUAGGUAUUAAAGUUGUUAUUUAAGCGUAGGUUUUCGUUUUUGUGUUAAUUAACUUCACACUGUUUCUUUCAGUAUCCUAUCCGACAUGGAAUUGUGGAAGAUUGGGAUCUCAUGGAAAAGUACUGGUCUCAAUGCAUCUUUAAAUACCUACGUGCUGAGCCAGAAGAUCACUAUUUCUUACUGGUAAGUCUUACUUUUAUGCUUUAAAUUUUAGAUUUCAAAUUAAUAUUUCUUAAAAAUCUGUUACAUUGUGAUUAAUUUAAGACUGAACCUCCUCUUAACACACCAGAGAAUCGAGAAUACACUGCCGAAAUCAUGUUUGAAUCUUUCAACGUUCCAGGUCUUUAUAUUGCAGUACAAGCAGUUCUGGCAUUAGCUGCGAGUUGGCAGUCGACCACCGAAAACAACUUGACCGGUCUAGUUAUUGACUCGGGAGAUGGUGUUACACAUUGCAUCCCAGUUGCUGAUGGUUAUGUGAUUGGGUCCUGUAUUAAACAUAUUCCGAUUGCAGGCAGAGAUAUCACUUACUUCAUACAGCAUAUGUUAAGGGAGAGAGAGCCCAAUCUGCCAGCCGAACAGUCCUAUGAGGUAGCCAAGACUAUUAAGGUAUGUUGAUUUAAAAGGCUUUAAAAAUUAUAUUGGUAUUAGUUUAAGAGAAUUAUAUUUUUUAAAUUUAGGAGCAAUAUUGUUAUGUGUGUCCAGAUAUCCAGAAAGAGUUUUCGAAGUACGAUGCUGACUUGUCAACGUACAUGAAACAAUAUACGGGAGUAAACAACAUUACAAAGCAACCUUUCACUGUCGAUGUUGGCUACGAAAAGUUUUUGGGUCCAGAAAUAUUCUUUCAUCCUGAGGUGGGUUUAUGCCAUAUUAUAGUAGAUGAACCCAUAAGUACAGCUCGUAAAAAUUACGAUUUUUUAAUUUUGAAGUUUAUAUUCUUUGUAUUUUUAGUUUGCGAAUCCCGACUUCACGACUUCAUUGUCAGAAACUGUGGACUCGGUGAUACAACAAUGUCCGAUUGAUGUGAGGAGAAACCUUUAUGAGAAUAUAGUGCUCUCUGGAGGGUCAACGAUGUUCAAUAACUUCUCAAAACGGCUUCAGCGUGAUGUUAAACGUGUGUCAGAUCAAAGGCUUCUUUUAAGUGAACAGUUGUCUGGUAACAGAGUGAAGCCGAAGCCGAUUGAUGUUAAUGUAGUGUCUCACCGAAUGCAGAGAUACGCCGUCUGGUUCGGUGGAUCGAUGUUGGCAUCGACUCCAGAGUUCUACCAAGUUGCACACACGAAACAAGAAUACAUGGAGAAGGGAGCCAGCAUCUGCAGACACAACCCUGUCUUCAGUGCUUUAAGUUAAUGUAAUUAUUUUUUAAUGUAUUUAUUGCAAUAAACACUUCGUGUGAAUAAGUUAUCUGGUACCUUGAUGAAGGAGGUAGUAACCUCACAAUUAUUAUCAUAUUUUUUAACUUUUACGAAAAGAGGGAAAGUCUUGGUUAAUUUUUUAUUACUUAUAAGGUUAAUAUUGCUAAAAUGUGUAUAAUAACAUAUUGCAGAUGUCUGUGGAAAUACCUGUGAGGAGAUACGAGAAGGACACUUAUUUCUUAACUAAAAACCUUCAGAAUAAGUUGUGCAAGAGCAGCAGAGUACCUGGAAGUCAGAAUGUUGCUUUAGGUGGAAAUGUGAGUCUGGUCUUACAACUCAGUUUUUAGCUGUUAGAAAUGAAUAUACAGUUUUAGAAAUGAGGUUACAUUUUUAAAAUAAAGUUUAUAAUGUCGUAUAUUUAUAAAAGUUUUUAGGUAACAGUGAUGGAUGGUGUGACAAUACGAGGAGACCUGUCGGCCGUCGAGAUUGGCAACUUUUGUUUUCUGGAGCCUGGAGUGGUGAUACGGCCAGCCAAGAAACAUUUCAAGAACGGAGUCAGCUAUCUCUCUAUCAAGAUGGGCGAAAGAGUUGUCGUAAAAGAGGUGGGUGGUCGAUUGUUGACACCUUUUUAUCAACAACAUUUCAAUAUUUCAUCAUAAAGGAAAUAUAGUUAUCAAAGUUAAAACCUUAUACUGAACUUUAUACCUAGCUUAUAAUGUUUAAAAUUAACUUACAAUGUUAAGUUACAUGUAAAUAUACCUAAAAUACUUAAAAAUGCUCUAGGGACUAAAGUUAUAUUUGUUGUAGAACUCAGUAGUAGCGGCCGUUCAGGUGGGUUCCGAUGUGUAUAUAGGGAAGAACGUAAUAGUAGGACAGUCGUCUGUGAUAAAGGACUGUUGUUACAUUAUGGAUGACAGUGUUUUGUCGCCAGAUACCGUGGUGGCUCCGUUUUCUAUCGUGUCUGGCAAUCCAGGUAAGUACAAUGUUAUCAGAUAAGCUUUAAAAAGUAAAUGCCUGUACGUGGAGGGUGUGUUUGAGAAUGACACUUUCAGCAAAAGUGAUCGGUCAAAUGCCAGUCAACACGUCCAGUCUAAUGACCGACUUGACCAAGGAUCUCUGCUACAAGUUCGUUCCCUCGACGCCCGGCCAUCUCUGA